AUGUAUGUCGAUGAUUUACUGUCAGGAGCUCAAUCUUUAGAACAAGCCUUAAAACUCAAAGAAGAAAUUAUACAACUGCUUGAAAGUGGAGGCCUAGUUCUUCGAAAGUGGGCAUCAAACGUUCCGCAAUUUAUGCAAUCAUUCACUCAUCAGAAUAACGAUCCACAUCUGUUAUUGAAUUUGACGGAGAUUCAAAAAACUUUAGGCAUCGGUUGGAUUCCGCAACAGGAUCUAUUGGUGUAUCAAAUUAACCUCACUCCAGAGCCAUCAAAAAUCAUAAAACGCAUCAUACUGUCCCAUACAGCAACUCUCUACGAUCCACUUGGUUUAGUAAGUCCCAUCAUAGUGGCAGCAAAGAUACUUCUUCAGACCUUGUGGAAACUACAUCUUGGCUGGGAUGACACAGUACCUGAUCACAUAUUGUCACAAUGGAAACAGUUUCGAGAUGAACUACCAAUCAUCAAUCAACUUGCCUUCCCUCGGCAAAUCUGUAUUUCUGAUCCCAUCGACAUUCAAUUACAUGCUUUCGCUGAUGCGAGCGAGGUGGCGUAUGGAGCAUGCAUCUUUCUUCGAUCAACAAACGAAGAAGGUUCUCGUUUGAUCAAUCUAGUGUGUUCAAAGUGCAGAGUAGCUCCCUUAAAGAGGAUCUCACUUCCACGUCUUGAGUUGUGUGCAGCGUUACUGUUAUCACGAUUGCUCACUGUUGUGCGUGACGCUCUCGGGCUGCCACUUCAAAGAAUCAUCAGAUUCCACAAUAGUCUUACAAUGGAUUCGGACGCCGCCACAUCGCCUCAAAACCUUUGUAGCAAAUCGCAUCACAGAAAUUCAGCAGCAUACUAA